AUGCCGCCACGAAAGUCGGUCGGUCGCCAGGUCGGCGCGACGCCGGCUCGAUCAAGCAGUUCCAUGAUCAGUGCUAUCCAAAAUGAGAGUCCACAGGUGCGAAGGUCAACCAGACAGGCGACGGUAGCAAGGUCCCAGGUCAGUGGAGAGUCCGGUGGAAGGCUGGCAGCCCGAUCAGUAUCCAAACAACCAUUACCGGAUCUUCAGAACCAACAAUCUUACGCAUAUGGCGCCAACAAAGGGUCAAAGAUGCCAAAUGCGCUGGGCACGGCGGGCAAGCAGUCACUUCAGGACAUGGCUGGGCACAUCGAGGAGGAAUUCGAGGAGGAAGAAGAUGAUGAGGACGACGACGACCGCGAAGUGGAAUCGGAGUCUGACGAAGCUUCGGUUGCCUCUGAAGUGCCCGAGGAGAGCCAGCGGGAAGAGUCUCGAGAACCCGAACGAUUGAAUGAGCGCAACGAAGGCCAAGAUGUUGACCAGUCAUCGGAUAUAUCGCAGCCAUCGCAGUUCCCCAGUGGACUGAUGGAUCACAGCUACAAUUAUGAGCGUGGCAUUCGACGAAUACGGACCAUCAAUAUUCGAGCACGUGCGUCACAGCCAUUCACACCUAUCAAGAACAUAUCUCGCGGUACGAGGGAUGGUGUCAGUCGAUUAGCUACCUUAGUCUCGAGGGUCUCCGAACAACUCAGGUCAUGUCUGACACGGAGUUUAAGUCAAGCCUGGUCUGCGACAUCAGACAUUCUUGCUUCGAUGUUGCAGUACUUACGCAAGUUACCAGUCACAUCGAUAUUUGCAGUCAUGGCAAUCUUGUUCGGACUUGUCCUGGGACUCGGCAUGUUUGGCGCGACCAUCUGCUUCUUCUAUCAGCGUAUCGGCUGUGCGGCGUUACCGACUACAGGGCUCGGCGGUAGUCUACACACAGGCUUCAGUACUAUAUGCGGCGAUUGUGCGACUGCGGCGACAGCUGUCGACUUCAGUAGUCUGUCCACCGGGGACAUCGCGCAAGUCACCUCCACACUGGCAAACAUAAACAGAAAGGUCCAAGAUCUCGAGCGUCGACUCAACUAUAGAAUAGAUUCGAAUCAAGCCACCCUCGCAUCGGAUCUUCAGACACUAAAGCAGCAACAGCUUGCUCUCAGCAAUCACCUCGCUGAUCACGUUGAUCAAACGGUUGGCACGUCCGGCCACGUCGCUUCACCCCUCAUACCAAAAAUCAACUUCUUCGCUCCCUGGAACGGAGUGCUCGUCGAUCCUAAUAAGUCAACGCCGACAAAGGAGAUUCAACUUAGUGUGCUUUCACGCUUCUGGAAGAAGUUUGGGGGAAUGGAGCGCCACUACGCGAACGGUCCUACCGCAGCUUUAACUUCAUGGCAAGACUACGGCGACUGCUGGUGCGCAGCCGAUCAAUUACAUUCCACUCAAUUCGGCCAGGAUUUCGUUCGACUCGUCGUUAGCACGAACGAGAUGAUCUAUCCCACGGAGCUCGUCAUUGAGCACUUCCCAAGUGCAGGUAAUCUCGACCGUGAGGCUACACCACGCAAGAUCGAGCUCUGGGCGGACUUUUCACACCUUGACGAUGAUCAGUGGCAGCAGAUGAAACUCGAGGACAUGCAGAAAGGCAAUGUGCUGGGCCCGAAUUGGGCGAGGAUUGGGAAGAUGACUUACGAUGUGUCGAGGUCGAGUCACAUCCAGACGGCAAUGUUGGACGUGAAUCAGUACGGGCUGCUGCAUGCCGCGCAGAAUUUUGCGCUGAGAGUAACAGCGAAUUAUGGUGGUAAGAACGUGUGUUUGUACCGGGUGAGAUUGCAUGGACAACCGGUCGCAGCGCCCGAGGCUGGAAACACGCAAGAAUGGUUAGAGAGGAUGGGCUACCGGGCUGAGGUGGACUAA